GUUAACUUUUAUACCAUUUUUUUUUUGUUUCGUUAGAAGUUCACAAUGGGUUAUAUGAAGCUUCUCAUCACGGUCUUCGCCGUAUUCGCCCCCAGCUCCUGGGCGGGAAUUAUUGGAGGAGGACAUUCUGUUGGGUAUGCUCCACACGCAGUUGAUUACUACUCCCACCCCAAAUACGCCUUCAAGUACGGCGUGUCGGACCCUCACACCGGCGACCACAAGUCCCAAACGGAGAGUCGUGACGGUGAUGUAGUCAAGGGUCAGUACUCCCUGGUGGAGCCCGACGGUUCCGUGCGUACCGUCGACUACACCGCCGACCCGGUGAACGGCUUCAACGCCGUCGUCUCCAAAAGUGCGCCAUCUGUCCACGCCGCACCGGCACCUGUGCUGAAGGUGGCACCUGCGCCCAUCUACAAGGAGGUGGUGCAGCCGAUCUACAAGCAGGUCGUGCCGAUUCAGAAGCAGAUCAUCGCCGAGCCAGUCGUGAAGUACACCAAUGUGAUAGGCUACGACAAAGGUGCUUAUUAUGGCGAUUACGACGCCGGCUACGGUUCCCAAGACGCCUACGAUUUGGACGGAUAUUAUGACGUUCAUGGACAUUACUGAUCAACAGUUCAAAGCUACCUCUAAGCCAAAUAUUAGUUGUUAAGGCAAUUUCAAUCAGUUUUUUUUGUAUAAUAGUAUUUAUACCUUUUAAAUGUUAAUGUUUUGACAUUUCAGUACAUUUUGUUGCAUGUCAGUAUAAUUUUUAUUAUUGUAAGGUUUGAUUGUUGUACAAGUUAUCUUAAAAAUGCCAGUAAAUAUUUUAUAGUGGA